AUGCUACUGAAAACAAAAGCGGUAGUUAGAUUUCGACACCUGGCGAAGAAACGCUCAGGAUUAUGUACUUCAGAUGAUGAUGACCAAUAUCCGGAUUUGCUGAUCGAAUUCCAAAAAUGGUUCAUUUUAGCUCAGAGUGAUCACGGAAAGCUACUGCCAUACUUCUAUUGCACUGUUAGUGAUACAUCAGCCAAUAUGGAUGCGCCCACUUCCAGUAAACUGGUCGUGUUGGUCAAUCUUGAAAAUUUUGCCCGGAAAAUCCGAGUGGAACGCAAUUCAGGCAAUAUUCGCUCGGCAUAA